UUUCUCAGACGGGACGGCGUUGCCUAGCAGCUGGGCACAGGACUCUUCCGACUUUUUACGCAUCGAGGAACCGCGGACGCUCCCCGGCGCUGCCUGCCUGUCAUCUGUCUGUUUCCCCCUCGCAGUCUUUUUUGCCAAACAUGCCCCAGACCGUGACGCUAAAGGGACCCUCUCCUUGGGGUUUUCGACUGGUGGGAGGACGGGAUUUCAGCACGCCGUUAACCAUCUCCAGGGUAACACCAGGCAGCAAGGCGGCCCAAGGUGACCUGUGUCCAGGUGACACCAUCCUGGCUAUCAACGGCGACAGCACAGAGCUCAUGACUCACAUGGAGGCUCAGAACAGGAUCAAAAACUGCACCCAGCAGCUCACACUCAACAUCAGCAGGUCGGGUUCAGGAGACAGAGUGUGGUCGCCAACGGUUAGCGAAGAUGGCAAGACAAGCCCUUACAUGGAGCCUGACUCACAGAAUUUCCGACCCAUCACCAGCGGAUACGGCGGUUACAGCCGCAAACCUUCGUACACCUCUGAACCCCAGUCCCCGCAGGCUCUCCAGUCCCCGCAGGCUCUCCAGUCCCCGCAGGCUCCACAGCCCACCCACCUGAACAACGGACACUCCAGACCCAACAACGGGCACAGCUAUGGAUACGGGAACGGAACCGGGCACGCUCAGUACAACAACCCAGCAAAUCUGUACGCUCAAAAUGGCAGCAAUGGUGACAGAUCUCUGCCAAGCAAGAUGGGAGGCCUGAGCCUCAGUGCCACACACAGCCCAGAGCCUCCAAUACACUCCCCCGUGGGCCGUAAUGGUUUCGACACGCAGUCAGACGUCUACAAGAUGCUGCAGGACUACGUGGAGCCCGUCUCUGAACCCAAACAGUCCGGCUCCUUCAAAUACCUCCAGGGAAUCCUGGAGGCUGAGGAUGGAGGUGUGUCCCCAACAGAGAGAAUGAGAAACUUGAAGUCUCCAGUCAGGUCUCCAAUCCCCAAACUGGGAAGCCCCAUCCCCAGCCCCAUGCCUGGACUUCAGAAGCUGCCCCAGUGUACACGCUGCUGUAAUGGCAUUGUUGGCACCAUCGUGAAGGCCAGGGACAAGCUCUACCACCCUGAGUGCUUCAUGUGCGAUGACUGCGGCAUCAACCUCAAGCAGAAAGGCUACUUCUUCAUCGAGGACAAUCUGUACUGUGAGACCCACGCCAAGGCACGCGUGCAGCCCCCAGAGGGCUACGACGUUGUUGCCGUUUACCCCAACUCAAAGGUGGAGCUAGUCUGAGACAGAGAUGGAGCUGGCUACACUGUAAUAAUACUGGGAGAAUGGGGCUACUGAGUAUCCUAGCCUACAUUUAUCAGGCUGUCGAGCUGGAAUGCAGAUCUUGGAUCAGUUGUGCCUUUGGGAGAGUCCUAUGAAAUUUGUGUUUCAGUGAUCCAAGAUCAGCACUGCUGCACUGACAGAGUUGAUAAAUGCUAUGUAUAUUGAGUAUAUUGAAAUAUGAACAAGGCCUGGAUCCAACCAAAACCCAUUUAAAAAAAAGGCUGACAUUGUAUGCUGUAUCCCAGCCUCAUCUCUCAAUCAGUUUGUCCAAAUUAUAGAUCCAAGAAAUACACCUGACCAGUCAAGGUAAUGUUCAGAAAAGGUGUUCACAUCCACGUUUAUAUCGACAGCACAAGCACAGCAAACUGCCAGAAUAUUCCUCCAGGAAACAAGAUGCACACAGAUGGUUAAAAGUCAAUCAGGACAAGUUUAUCGCUAGCAUCAUAUUCCGUGUCCAGUGACAACCCUUAAAGCCUUAAAAUAACUUAAAACACUAGUGUGUUUGUGUGUGUGUAUGUGUGUGUGCGUGCAUGCAUGCGUGCGUGCGUGCGUGCAUGCGUGUGUGUGUGUGUGUUGAUAUCACAAGAGAAUUGCAGUUGACGUGUGCAUUUGCAGUGAUGAACUGUGCAGAGGAGUUAGUGGUUUUUCUGCCACCAGCUCCAGAACACAGACUGACAACAUGUCAGUCUGUGUUCUGCACAGUCAUUUAAGGUUUGAUGAUAUUUUGUUUAAACUUUGGUUAAGGGGUUCAAAGGUUUCAUUGUCUUUUUAACGAUGUUGCAGUUACACAUUAUACUCCUGUUGUGGAUGGACUUUUUCAUUUUCUAAUGUACAUCUAUGCAGUUUACUUUUCAGACUUUCUAUGUUUGCAAAACUGGGGAGCAUCUCUGUUUGAUGGUCACUUUCUCUACUCACUUUUCAGUUGUGUGAAACAAUAAGCAAUAAGUCAUUAGAAGCAGAUCUCUAACAAGUGCACUUGUGAGUGUCUGGACUGUGCGUCAGUGUGCUUCGCUGUAUGGCUUUACUGAACUAUAACCCACAGUAAAUGCCUCCGUUUGCAGCUGUCCGAGCUCCACCUUCUGAAAUGUAAUCAAAACCCUGCAGAGAGGAGACAUCUCACUGUCUCACUGAGAAUCACUUUAAAGAAUUUCUCCCAGAUGCGAUCCCAGCAACCUCAAUUUAUACACAACAAAUUGCAAGAAAAGAGACUUUAAUGAUGAAGUAGUUUCGCCUGAUGCACUGCAUGAAUGCAAUGAUGACAGGCGGGAUGCACAUUCGCAGAAGAUUGUAACUCAAGCACCUGACUGAGAACUGGAAUUCUUCACUCAAGUUCACGGUGAAGAAUUCCAGUUCAUAAAAACAAGAGCACAGAGUUCACUGGGCCUGUUUAUUAAAAACACUCCAUUCUGACACCAAUAUGCUCUCAUGACAACUUUUAAAAAUGCUCGUGUGCACUUGAGACAGGCGACACGGACCACAGAAAACUGUUCGAGACUCGUAAACCAGGACUCGGCAGCCUACAACAUGUGGGAGUAAUAUUCACUUUGUUUAGUUUUUUGGACCCACAACAUAGAUAUAUUACAGUUCCUCGUUGGAAGAGAGAGAAAGACAGAAGUUGGAAGUAUGCAUAGUUGUAUUCCCUUCCUACUAUGAACUCAAAUUUCUGGCCACAGCCAAGUCCAUGAAGCAAAAGAAAUAUACUUCUGUGUUUCCUCUGAGAGAGGGGGAAGCAGAAAGGGAGGCAGUGAGGAGAAGAUGAGAAAGAGAAGUGACAGGAUGGCACAUAUUCUGUUUUUUUUUCUUUCUGCAAGAAGACAGAAACGUGCCAUUAUGACUGCAAUGGCUGUGGCUUAUUGUGAAUAGUGAAGUGAACUGGGUGGAGAGGAGAGUUCUUAUUCUUGAUUUUACAAAUGUUUCUAACAAAACUACUUUUUUAAUCUGAAAUGAGAAACUGAAUUUUGCAGUGCUGAUAUCCGCCAUUUCUUCUCAGUAUCAGCAGUGAUUGUACCUGCUGGUUUUGCCGUCUAGUUGUCUUGUAAAUUAUGUGAAAAUUCUAUUGCGACCACAUUGUUUCUUUGGUAUUGUACAUAUUUGUUUAAUCGUGAUUGGACAUACGGUGUAUAACAUGUCGCUCACGUGCCUUUGCAUACCCAUGUUUUUACAUGAUUUCUCUGACACAAAUCCUCUUCUUGUGUUUAACUUAUUGUUCUACCAACACAUGUUUUUUUUCUGUUGCUUCUUAUAUCCUUUUUUUUCUAGGAUCUAAAUAAAAUGAGAAGUGCAUUACCAUGA